AUGGGACUGUUAAAGUUGCUGCUCUUGCUCUGUGUAAGUGGAUGUCUUUGCCAGAAAGACUGUACCGGAGUGGAUUGCCCUGUUCUUAAUAACUGCAUCGAGGAAGUUUUAGAAAAGGGGGCUUGUUGUUCCACUUGUCUACAAACCGGCUGCAAGUGUGAGGGCUACCAAUACUACGACUGUGUAAACGCUGGAUACAGAAACGGCCGAGUGCCGGAGGGGGAGUCUUACUUUGUGGAUUUUGGAAGUACAGAGUGCUCCUGCGCACAGGGAGGUGGGAGGAUCAGUUGCCAUUUCAUCCCAUGUCCAGAGCUUCCACCGAACUGUAUUGAGGUGUCCGAGCCAACGGAUGGGUGUACUCAGUGUGAACGAGUCGGAUGCGUGUUCGAAGGCCAGAAGUACGAGGCUGGUCAUUCCUUCCACAUAGACACCUGUCAGGUCUGCCAUUGCCCUAAAGAUGGAGGGAAAUUAAUGUGCUACCCGAUUCCAAACUGCGACCCGAGGAAGGUCCAUAAACCCAUGCUUGCCACCACUACAGAUGAAAACGCGCUAUACAGACAUCAGAGUAUUCCUGUCAGGAAUGUAUUUAACCACCAAGGCCCGAGAUCUUCCCUUACCAAACCCUUUCUACAGAGUCACCACAUGCCUCCUUUUAAACCGACGUCAAGCCACUCUGAUGAAGACGAGACCGAAGACUAUGACUAUUCAACCACGGAUACCACAGAGUCGUCUGUGCACGGGAUAGCUUCUCCACAGGAGCCGCGUAUCAUCUCAGUUUCUGAUUUGGAAAAGAACGUACCCCCCCAACAGGCCAGGGCACCAAAGCAGGAACUUAAAGAGGAAUUUGGUGUUCAUGAAGGAGCCACGGAUAAACCCUGGUUUUUCUUGCAGGAAGAGAGGACAGAUGGGGCAAAUCAUAGUCGUGAAAUUGAAAGCCCAAUAAUUGAAGAGGCAAAAUUGAAUAUUUCUGCAAACGAAGAGGAGAUUCCUCACACAGAGACAGAAGAACUACAAUUCUCUAUUAACAGAGAUUCAACAGAAAAGCCAACGUUUCUCAAAGACGAUAUCAAUGCAGAAGCACUCGAGGGAAGCGACCGAGACGGUAAUCCUCUUGCUACCCUCGAGGAAACCACAGAUGGUGAGAUUUUUGAUUCAUACGAGGACACCACAUACAGCGAACCAGUCACCGACUCUCCAGCGACUAUAUUUACAACUACACCUCAAACUACACCAGAAACUGAGGUAACUACAACCCAAUGGCAGACUACUCAGGGUAGUCCGUUACCAGAUCAGAUUUACCCCAGCACCGAAACUACAGAGGAGAACACACAAGUGCACCAAGAUGAGCAACAAUUGGACCACACAUUGCAAAAUGUCACAGAUAGUGACGGAAAUCAUGAAACUGAUGAAUUGAAUACCAAACAGAACAUGUAUACCGUUAGCAGCUUAGAGACUGUACAAGAAAACACAUCAGGACAAGAAGUAUCCACAGCAGCACCUGACAAACUUUUAGGAGAAACCAAAGAACCUGAAGUUUAUACAGUUCCUCCUGUGAUGAUCAACCCAACCAACCGUUCACUUUUAAACGUAGACUCAGAAAGUCUGUUAGCACUUGCAGAGGAGGAAAGGAAGACGAGUGAGACGAGGGAGGAGACAGAGAACACUCUAAAUAUCUUUCAAAAGCCUCAGGAAGGAUUGUCUGCUCUGGCCCUAGUAGAGAGCUGCUGUGAAGCUGGGCAGAAAUGGGCCUCCGAGAACCAGCACUGCAACCAUCUAUCCUCUCCGACAGACCGCGACUCUGUAUGUGGAAUGGUUCAGGAGCAGUGUUGUGUGGGCGCUCUGAGAGAGAACAGGUGUUUGGCUGGCAUGGUCGCUGCCAAAGCUGGCGAGGUGUGUGAGGAAAGCAACGUUCCGCACUGUGCAGAGGAUACCCAAAAGGAGUGCUGCAGUUGCUGUGCCCUUGGUUUGCGAUUUCACCAAGAAGGAAAAGGCUGUGAAGCUCAUCACCACCUUGGCUACCCAUGUGGGCACAUCUUCCUCACCUGCUGUGAGGAAGACGAGGAUGGGCUCAGCAAUCCCGUGCUAAAAAAGAAGGAAAGACCUAGACCUACCGUCCUGCCAAAGAGAGUGGCCGACGGACAGUUCCCCAAUCAGCCGUUCUCCAUCGAGGACUCCGAUCAGGCCAACUCGGUUGAAAAGCUGGAGGACGAAGAUGAGUGCGAGAUAUACGAGGGUCAACUCUGCCAUCAUACCUGCAUCAACACCGCCGGCUCCUAUAGGUGUGAAUGCCACCCUGGAUACGCUCUGAUGCAGGAUGGAUACACGUGUGCACCCGAGAAUUCAGAGGAAGACAACCGAGUGAUGGAGGAGGAUGGACUGUUUACUCCAGCUACACCAGUGCAAGAGACCACCCAGAUCUUCACAGUACAAAAUCCAUGUGAAGGUAACGUCCCAUGCUCUCAGCACUGCUCUGUAGUAGAUGGACGGGCUCGCUGCUCCUGUUUCCCAGGAUUCUCUCUGAAGCCUGAUGGACACACAUGUGAAGAUAUGAACGAGUGUCUGACAAACACACACACCUGCCUGCCUAAUGAGCGCUGUGUGAACACGGUGGGAGCUUUCGGGUGUGAGAAGCAGAUUUCCUGUCAGAAUGGCUACCAACUGAGGAAUGAAGUGUGUGAAGACAUUGAUGAGUGUGUGAUGAAGAGCCAUAACUGUGGGUCAGGAUUUCAGUGCCAGAACACGCUUGGCUCGUUCCACUGCAGCCCAAAGCAGCAGCGCUGUCUCACCGGUUUCUCUCAGGACCCUCACGGCAACUGCAUCGACAUUAAUGAGUGUAGAGUCGUGUCUGAGCCAUGUACUGCAGGCUUUAACUGCAUCAAUACUGUGGGCUCCUACACCUGUCAGCGCAAGAGUAUUAUAUGCAGUCGAGGAUAUCACUCCAGUCCUGACGGAGCACGUUGUGUCGAUGUGGAUGAGUGCACGACUGGAACACACCACUGUACUGAGGGUCAGAUUUGCCAUAACCUCCCUGGCAGCUACCGCUGUGAAUGCCAGACUGGCUUCCAGUAUGAUGCCAACCGCAGGGUUUGUGUGGACGUGAAUGAGUGUUGGCGUCACCCGGGUCGUCUGUGCGCCCAGACGUGCGAGAACACUGUGGGUUCCUACCAGUGUUCCUGCACCACUGGCUUCUCGCUCGCCUUUGAUGGGAAGAACUGUGAGGAUGUUAAUGAAUGCCAGAACAAUCCCUGUAGUCAGGAGUGUGCCAACAUCUACGGCUCCUACCAGUGCUACUGCCGUGUGGGAUACUACCUAAAAGAGGAUGGCCACACCUGCGAAGAUAUUGAUGAGUGUUCCCAGAACAUUGGAAACAUGUGCUCCUUCCAGUGUGUCAACACCCAAGGCAGCUAUAAGUGUUCCUGUCCUGCUGAUGGCUACUCCAUGUCUCCUAACGGACAUACGUGUCAAGAUAUUGAUGAGUGUGCGACUGGAACACACAACUGCUCAUCCACCCAGACCUGCUACAACCUCCAGGGAGGCUUCCGCUGCCUCUCCUUUACCUGUCCCGAGAACUACAGGAAGGUGUCCGGAACACGCUGUGAGCGAAUGAGCUGCCUCAUCUCUCGCGAGUGCCAGAACCUGCCCAUCCGCAUCACCUACUACCAGCUCAGCUUCCAGACCAACAUCGUCAUCCCGGCUCAGAUCUUCGGCAUCGGGCCCUCCCCGGCCUACACGGGCGACAACAUCAUCAUCAGCGUCCCACGAGGCAACGAGGAGGGUUACUUCAGCACGCGCCGGCUCAACAGCCACACGGGGGCCGUGUACCUGCAGCGACAGCUCCACGCCCCUCGCGACUUCCUCAUCGACGUGGAGAUGAAGCUGCUGCGCCAGGGCACGGUCACCUCGUUCCUCGCGCGCAUCUACGUCUUCAUCACAGCUCAGUCCAUGUGAUGAUGACAUCAUCUCCUACGAUUUCCUAAGGUGCUAAGCUCGCGGUGGGGUUGUCAGAAGUUGUCAGAGGUGUCUUGUUAGCUUUGUGCUGAACAGAUUCUGACUUUUCUGAAGGCUGAAAGUUUUAAUGGUGCUUUUUUUUUACUGACAAGGAUCUAACAGCUUGUGUUCUGUCAGAUCUGGAAGAAGAACUGGAAAGCUUAAAACUGCAAAGACUAAAAACAUACUUCAUUUCCGGCUAUUCUUUUUGUAAGGUAGUAAAACGUACCCACUGCCAGAUGUUACUCUCGCUGUACCAAUUUAUCCUAAUUGCUUGAAACUUUGUUUUUGUAAUGCCUCAUUACAUGUUUCUUAGGCAAUAUUUCCAAGUAGAGAAAUCCAGCGUCAGGAUUUUGCUAAAGGAAAGUAAUUCAUUAUUUUUACCACACACUUUACACUUAUUACACUUUUGCUGCACGUGUAUCUUUUGUAAUCACUGUGAUAAAUAGGGACGUAUGAUAGUUUCUUAUUCUUCUUUACUUGGUAUCUUCUAACACUUCUACACUGGUCAUAACAUUAAAACCACCUCCUUGUUUCUACACUCACUAAGCUCCACUUACCAUAAAGAAGCACUUUGUAGUUCUACAGUUACUACAACAGUGUUAUUUAGGUGGUGGAUAAUUAUCAGCACUGCACUGACAUGGUGGUGGUGUGUUAGUGUGUGUUGUGCUGGUAUGAGUGGAGUUUUUAAAAUACCGUGUCCAUUCACUGUCCACUCUAUUAGACACUCCUACCUAGUUGGUCCACCUCGUAGAUGUAAAGUCAGAGACGGUCGCUCAUCUAUUGCUGCUGUUUGAGUUGGUCAUUUUUGAGAUCUUCAUCAGUGGUCACAGGGCGCUGUUAGCUGGAUAUAUUUGGUUGGUGGACUACUCUCAAUCCAGCAGUGACAGUGAGGUGUUUAAGAACUCCAGCAGCGCUGCUGUGUCUGAUCCACUCAUACCAGCACAACACACACUAACACACCACCACCAUGUCAGUGUGACUGCAGUCCUGAGAAUGAUCCACCACCUAAAUAAUACCUGCUCUGUAGUGGUCCUGUGGGGGUCCUGACCCUUGAAGAACAGGGGUUGAUGAAAGAAGGCUAACAAAGCAUGCAGAGAAACAGAUGGACUACAAAGUGCUUCUAUAUGGUAAGUGGAGCUGAUAAAAUGGACAGUGGUUUUAAUGUUAUGCUGAUCGGUGUAUAAUUCAGCACUGAAGACAUUCCAGACAUGCAGUAGACAUGCUAUUUUAAAUGUAUGUUAUUUUACUUAUACUGUCCGCACCUGUUUCUGUGUGUAUCUGUUUCUCUCAGGGUAAAAGCAUCAGAUCCUAAUUAUCUUUCGAUAUUCCGUUUGUAAGAGCAAUUCCCAGUUACCACUGACUCAAUAAAAUAACACAAACCAGAA